GUCAAACUCCUACCGCACGUGCUCUCUACCCAUCUCGCUCUCACCAUGAGCUGUCGCCUGCAGAGUUCCUCCGCCAGCUACGGUGGAAGUGGCUUUGGGGGUGGCUCCUGCAAGCUGGGAGGAGGUCGCAGUAUCUCUACCUGCUCAACUCGGUUUGUCUCUGGGGGAUCAGCUGGGGGCUUUGGGGGUGGCCUAAGCUGCGGCUUCGGUGGAGGGGCUGGUAGCGGUUUUGGGGGUGGCUUUGGAGGUGGCCUUGGAAGUGGCUUUUAUGGGGGUUUCGGUGGUGGCUUUGGUGACUUUGGCGGUGGCGAUGGCGGCCUCCUCUCUGGCAACGAGAAGAUCACCAUGCAGAACCUCAAUGACCGCCUGGCCAUCUACCUGGAGAAAGUGCGUGCCCUGGAGGAGGCCAACACGGAGCUGGAGGUGAAGAUCCGUGACUGGCAUCUGAAGCAGAGCCCCACCAGCCCGGAGCGUGACUACAGCCCCUACUACAAGACCAUCGACGACCUCCGGGUCAAGAUCUUGGCGGCCACCAUUGAGAACAACCGGAUCGUUCUGGAGAUUGACAAUGCCAGACUGGCUGCCGACGACUUCAGGCUCAAGUAUGAGAACGAGCUGGCCCUGCGCCAGGGCGUGGAGGCCGACAUCAAUGGCCUGCGCAGGGUGCUGGACGAGCUGACCCUGACUAAGACGGACCUGGAGAUGCAGAUCGAGAGUCUGAACGAGGAGCUGGCCUACAUGAAGAAGAACCACGAGGAGGAGAUGAAGGAGUUCAGCAAACAGGUGGUCGGCCAGGUCAACGUGGAGAUGGACGCCACCCCAGGCAUUGACCUGACCCGUGUGCUGGCGGAGAUGAGGGAGCAGUACGAGGCCAUGGCAGAGAAGAACCGCCGGGAUGCCGAGGAAUGGUUCCGCACCAAGAGUGCGGAGCUGACCAAGGAGGUGACUUCCAGCACGGCCAUGAUCCAGACCAGCAAGACGGAGAUCACGGAGCUCAGGCGUACGCUCCAGAGUCUGGAGAUCGAGCUGCAGUCCCAACUGAGCAUGAAAGCCGGGCUGGAGAGCUCGCUGGCAGAGACGGAGUGCCGCUACGCCCUGCAGCUGCAGCAGAUCCAGGGCCUCAUCAGCAGCAUCGAGGCCCAGCUGAGUGAGCUCCGCAGCGAGAUGGAGUGCCAGAACCAGGAGUACAAGAUGCUGCUAGACAUCAAGACACGGCUGGAGCAGGAGAUCGCCACCUACCGCAGCCUGCUGGAGGGCCAGGACUCCAAGUUGACUGGCUUCACCACAGGAGGAAACGUCAGCCAUGGUACCACCAUCUCUUCUAGCAGCACCAUCUCCACUCGCCGCACUGCAGAAAUUAAGCCUUAAAUCUGCCUGGCAGCCCCUCCCUCUGUCUUCAGCACCCAGAGGAUGAGAGAGCUGACCGUUCCCUGCAGGAGUGAGGGAGGGACUGCAGGACCCGAGGCUCAGCCACUCUGCUCCCGGCCCCCACUCUCCCGAGGGCGGCCACUCCCUGCCCUUCUCUCCAGGUCAGCUUCCUCUUCUCCCUGACCUGCCUCCUCUGACCCCUCUGCUUCUCUACUGAAAAGAAAGGCUCAUUCAAUAAAGUUUCCCAUC